GCAGUUGCGGUAGUUUAGGAGCGGUAGACGCCAAGUAGAGGACAGGAGAAGAGACCGGGCCCAACAGGAGACAGGGGACAGCAUAAAUGGCCUCGGUGCCUGAGGAGUAAAGAAUGGGCUCCACGCUAUCUCAGCCAUGGCCAGAUCCACUAACAGAAGCGCCGAGGACGGGGACUCACGGGUAACCGCCCCCACCGAGCGCGGAGAGGCGCGGGACCUUGCCGAGCCCCGGGAACUGUCUCUGAAGGAGGUGCUGAAGUCCUACGAGCAGCCCAUCAACGAGGAGCAGGCAUGGGCGGUGUGCUACCAGUGCUGCAGCGGGCUGAGGAGGCUGCCCCGCCCGCCGGCCGGGGGAUUCAGUGGGUUGAAGGACCCGUCCUCCAUCCUCCUGCACCGGGACGGAACCGUGUCACUGCCGCAGGAGACCCCACACCACGAUGACAUGGAUGGAGCUCCUCCUCCACCUGCUGCAGAGCGUCAGCUGGUGCAGUCGCUGGGCGUGGCCAUCUACCGAGCUCUGGACUGGGGGCUAGAUGACAGCGAGGAGCGGGAGCUCAGCCCCCAGCUGGAGCACCUCAUCGAACGCAUGGCGGGGGGGCACCAGGGCGGAGAGGGGCUCAGCACAGCCAGGAACGGCACCACAGAUGAGGGCUACAGCGGCCAGGAGGAGGAAGAGGAGGAAGAGGAGGAGCAGCAGGGAGGGACCAGGCCGGUGUGUACCAUCCGCCAGGUGAUGGCGCUGUGUGCGUCCCGGCUGGCUGACCCUGGCCUGGCUGCGGACCACUACCAGGCUGUGUGCAGGGCUCUGUUUGUGGAGACCCUCGAGCUGCAGACCUUCCUCAUCAAGAUCAGAGAUGCCAAGCAGAUGCUGAAGAAGAUCACAUCAGAGGAAUCUGUGGAGGACAGGUCUGCAGCGGAGCUAGACGCACUGAAACACAGAGACUGGGCGCGUCUGUGGGUGCAGCUGAUGAAGGACCUCAGGCAGGGGGUGAAGCUGAAGAAGGUUCAGGAGCAGCCCUUCAACCUGCUGCCCACCGAGUUCAGCCUCACACCCUUCGAGAUGCUGAUGCAGGACAUCCAGACACGCAAGUUCCAGCUCCGCAAAGUCAUGGUGGAUGGUGACAUUCCCACGAUAGUGAAGAGAAACGGCCAUGAACUCAUACUGGAUUUCAUCAGAUCAAGACCUCCCCUGAAACCAGUUUCAGAGCGCAGCCUCCCCCCUCCCCCCCUGCAGGAGCAGUGCCUCCAUGAUAAGGUCCUGGCUGGGAUCAAGCAGGAGAGAAAGCUCCGGCCUGUGCUCCUGCCCAGCUCCAGACCAUUUGGCUCUCUGCCCUGCCUGGCUCAGACUCGUCCUUCUAACAUCAAAUCCACUUCGUGCAUCGACCUGUCCGUAUCGGAGCCCGGUCCCCGGCAGCCGUCCCGCCCCCGCGUCCUGCUGAAGGCUCCGACUCUGGCCGAGAUGGAGGAGAUGAACAUAUCUGAGGAGGAGGAGUCCCCAGAAAGCGGGGAUCUGAGGCGGGCAGAGAGCUCCCCCACCCCUCUGAAGAGAGACCGCUCCUUCUCAGAGCACGACCUGGCCCUGCUGCGGGCCGAGAUGCUGCCCCCCCUCUCUGACACAGCCCAGCUGGGGGGGGCAGUUCGGCUGCGGGGGGAGAGGCCUCGGUCCAGGACUCUGACCGGGGCCGGGCCGCCUCCUACUCACAGAGCCUCCCUCCCGGUUCAUGGCUGGGUGCCCCCCUCUCCGGCCCGCCUCUCUCUGAGCUCAGUGGAUGAGACCACCGAGGGGUCUGAGAGCACGUCCGGCUCCAGAGCGGGACACGAGCUGCAGCUGAUGGAGGAGUUCAGCCACCCUGUGGGUAGUCUGGCACUGACGGUGGAUGAGGUCAUCAACGUGCGCAGAGUGCUGGUGAAAGCAGAGAUGGAGAAGUUCCUUCAGAGCAAAGAGCUCUACAACAACCUGAAGAGAGGCAGGGUUUGCUGCUGCUGCAGAGUGAAGUUCCCUCUCUUCUCAUGGCCGUCUACCUGCUUGCUGUGUAAAAGAUCUGUCUGCAGUUCCUGCUGUGCAAAGAUGAAGAUCCCCUCGAAGAAGAUGGCCCACAUCCCUGUGUACACUGUGGGCUUCCACAGCACUCCGAAGAGCCACGGACACAAGAGCCAAGUGUAUAAGUCCCUGCGCAGCCUGUCCCGGCGCCCGGUGGAGGAGGAGUUCCCCCACCUGUACGCUCAGGGCUGCACGCUGCGGGACGUCUGCGCUGAGUGUACCAAGUUCGUGGCUGACGUGAUCUCGUCCAGCCGCCGCAGCGUGGACAUCCUCAACAACACCCCCAAGAGGGAGGCCAGGGCGGCCCCCCAGAGACCACAGCUGCAUCGCCAGUCACACCUGGAGACUGACCCUCGCGGUCCCCCUCACCCACAGGGCCCCGCCCAGCUCCCUCCACAUUCCCAUCAGCAUCAUCCACAGCAGCAGCGGCCUCAUGCCUCAUCAGCGGCUCCUCUCCACACCAACACCAUCAACAAUGGGAACCAAUGAGGAGAUUGGCUGACCUUUUAUCCCCCCCACACACACACACACACACACACACACACACACACACACAC